AUGAAUUUGAUCGGUGUUGGAAGCUUUGGUUCUGUCUACAAGGGGAUACUUGAGGAGAAUGGUACAUUCGUUGCGGUGAAGGUGCUCAAUUUAGUGCAUCUUGGUGCUCUAAAGAGCUUCGUGGUGGAAUGCGGGGCAUUAAAGAACAUCAAACAUCGAAAUCUUCUAAAUAUGAUGACAGCUUGUUCAGGUGUUGAUUAUCAUCGUAAUGAUUUUAAGGCCUUAGUUUUCAAGUACAUGGAAAAUGGAAGCCUCGAAAGGUGGCUACAUCCAAACCCAAAACCAUCUCUCAACAAUGAGCCUACCCAGAAAUUGAAUUUCUUUCAAAGGAUAAACAUUGCUAUUGGUGUUGCUUCCGCAUUGGAUUAUCUUCAUCACCAAUGCCACAUCCCAAUUGUUCAUUGUGAUCUAAAGCCGAGCAAUAUCCUCUUAGAUGCUGAGAUGGUUGCUCAUGUUGGUGACUUUGGAUUGGCAAAGUUCCUUCUUGGAUCAUCCCCUGAUACUGUGGCUAAUCAGAUGAGCUCAAUUGGAAUAAGAGGAACAAUUGGUUAUGUUCCACCAGAAUAUGCAAUGGGAUGCGAGGUUUCAAGAGAAGGCGAUGUCUAUAGUUACGGCAUCCUCUUAUUGGAGAUGUUCACAGGGUUGAGCCCCACCGAUGACACAUUAAGAGACAAUUUUACUCUGCAUAAUUUUGUGGCAAAAGCUUUGCCUGAACAAGUGCUGGAAAUUACAGAUCACGUUCUGCUUCAAGAAAGAGAGAAUCAUUUAAGCCCCAAUAGCCCUCAGCAUUGGCUCUCUGAAAGCGAUGGCAUAUUUCAAGAGUGCUUGUUUAUAGUAUAUAAUGUUGGAGUCGCUUGCUCCAGUGAAGUGCCUGGAAGACGGAUGAGCAUCAGUGGAGCUGCAAAUCAGCUGCAAAAGAUUAGAGAGAAACUCUUCGCAAGGGGUUUACACGGACAAAAAUGA